AUGACAGACACCACCCAGUUAACCGCCCUGGAGACCUUUCUACAGGCGCAUCCCAGUGUCAAAUACAUCCCACCCUCCUCUGCUGAAUAUCCAAUGGCUCGCAAGGUCUGGAAUGGCUCCCGCCGCGACAACCCGCUGGCCAUCGUCCAGCCGCAGUCCCCUUCCGACGUGGCCUCCCUGAUCAGAUUCGCCAGAUCCCAGUCCCUUCCCUUCACACUCCGCUCGGGCGGCCACAACCUGGAAGGCCGAGCCCUUGUUGACGGCGCUCUGCUCAUCGACCUGCGCGCUCUGAACGCCGUCACCGUCGCAGCGGAUCGCAAGUCCGCCAUCGUCCAAGGCGGCAUCUUGCAGGGAGAGCUCGCCAACAGGCUCUGGGCAGAGGGUCUAGCCACCCCGACAGGAACAAUCCCGUCCAUCCUCGGCGCGGCUGCCAUCAACCCGGACGGCGAGAUCAUCGCAGCCGACGAGGCUCUUCUCCAGGGCAUCCGCGGCGCAGGGGGCCUAUUCGGUGUGAUUGUCGACCUCACCAUCAAGAUCUACCCGCUCACCACGCUCCUAGCCGGCGCCAUCCUCUACGAUUCAACCGACAUCACCAAAACCUUUAUCGACUUCAACGCCGCCUACCGCGCCCUCCUCGACUCAGACCCCCUCCCCCCACAACUCACCAUCCAACAAAUCGCCUUCAACAGUCCCUCCGCAGGCCGCCUCCUCGCCGCCAUCUUCGUCUGGAGCAGCCCCGACACAACCGCCGGCCACGCCUGGGCCGCCAAAAUCGCCGCCCUCGCCCCGACCCUCGCCAACACCGUCGCCGAAACCACCAUCCCGUCCCUACUCGCCUCCACCGGCGCCCUCGUCCCGAGCACCGCCUACGGCGCCCCCAGCACGCACAGCAUCCGCAGCAUCACCCCCGCCGUGGCGGAGACUAUCGGACAGUAUCUCGCGACGAUGCCGUCCGACCCGGGCACGAUGCUCUCCAUACAUUAG